AUGACCAGAAUAACAUCAGAAGAACUGAGGUACAUCGAAGGUGCUUUGCAAGAACAGGGGACGAAUACUGACUGUUCGCUGAAGCUUCCAGUGAGAAACAUUUUUACCAGUUUGCCAGUGUGGGCAAUCAUAUUCGCAAGUGUAGGUAACACAUGGGGUCUAGCUGUUUUCAUUGCCCAACUGCCAACCUACAUGAAAAAUAUCCUCGGAUUCUCCAUCAAACAGAAUGGGUUUCUCUCAGCUCUCCCUUUUCUGCUGCGUUAUGUUGGCGCCAUUCUAUGGAGUAGUCUAGGAGAUUGGCUGACAACGCACAAAUAUCUCUCAAUCAGAGCAUCUCGCAGAUUAUUUAGUGUUCUAGCACUAUGGGGCCCAGCCGCAAUGGUUCUUGGGGUCACGUUUGCUGGCUGUAACUGGCAAGCAACCAUUGGUCUGAUCUGUCUCGCAUUCUUCUGCAACGGAGCUAUGACGGCUAGUAUUUUGGCCAAUCAUACGGAUAUUGCCCCUAAUUUCUCUGGGACACUCUUAGGGAUUGACAACACUUUCGCCAGCAUCGUCAGCUUUUCUGGUUCCCGUCGUAGUCGGAGUCAAACCAUUGGUCAGUGGCAGAAAGUCUUUUGGACAUGCGUCCCAAUGUACGCCCUCACGGAGGUAUUUUACCUCGCCUUCAGCUCCGGUUCCGUCCAGCCCUGGAACUACAGAGAAAAGAUCUCUGCUGAACAAGAGCUCUCAGCGGAGAAUGGUGAACAUAGCGAACUAGUUAUGCUUAGUGAUGAGCAAAAUGUUUGGCUAGGGCAAACUGUGCAAAGUUUGGUUCUGAAAAAAAUCACUCCUUCCCUCAGUAAGUAUAGAGCUAGUAGCUUUGAGGUUACAGGUCAUAGGUCAGAUGUAAUGUCAAACCUACAGCACAUUUUUACGAAAGGUUCAUAUACGUGUGGUUAUGAGAAAGUGUGUAAUAGUAAGAUGGAUGGUGCAAUGGGGGCACCUUGGAGGGAAUCUUCUUUCAACCACCACAACCGUCCAGCACCUGACCUGGCCUGGACCUCGGACCGCCCUCUUGAAGGGCCGGGGACUUUCCAUUGUCACCUCGGCCCGCGAAACUAA